AUGGGCAAUCGUGUCCUCUCUUCAACACCGGAGCCAGAGCCAGUGCUCUUCCAAACAGAUGAGAACAUGCGGCAAGGCAUUAGACGGUUCCAGGUCCGAAUGACCGCUGCAAAUGAAAGGUUUCUGCAGGACCAAAUCAAUGAGAUCGAAAGGAAAGGCUUGGCCACUGAAAAAGCCAAGUUCGAUUAUUUGAUCCGGAAAUAUCGAAUUCACAACCUCGUCUGGGGAGAUGAGAAUGACGACAAGAAUCCGACUCCUCUGCGAGAGCACGACGUUGUGAUACCUGCGAAUACUUUGUUCAAGGAUAUCGACAUGUCAAUGAUUGAAAAGGGGCUGGUCUCCGAUGUGCCAGUCCACGGAGUCAUAUACCCACCCUUAUUAAAGACAGACCAGAUGCGGCAGGUCUUUCUCGACACUAUGCAGCGGGUAUGCCAGAGUCAAUCUGAUUAUUGCCCCGUCUGCAAGCGUGCGGGAUGCGAAUGUCACGAGGUUGAUGAGAACGAGGACGGUGACGAUGACGACGACGACGAAGAGCCCCCUAUUCCCCCAUGUACCGAACUGGCUUUAUUUCUGAAGUAUGCUGGUGGAGUUGAAGAUGUCGACUUUCGCUAUUCCUACAUCCCACCCUUCAUUCCUGGAGAUGGUCACCUCAGUACAUAUUGGGUGCAUGGUGAGAACCCAGACGAGGAAGCGAAUCGUCUUCAAGAAAGACUGGAAAUGUACCUGGAACAACAGAGCGUGGAUCACGAGACCGAUGCUUUCGGCGCUUUCGAGGUCCUGCAACUCUUGUUGGACGAGGAUCUAGAGGUCAGAGCCGGGUUUGCGACUGGCAUCACUUAUAGGAAAGAAUGGGGACAUCCCAUGUGGUGCAGUGCGUAUGUCUACUGUCGAAAAAGUCCGGACAGUGGCGAGGUAUCCUGCGAAGGUGAUACCAUCCCCGAUGCGCCCAAUAUCGCCAAUUGGGGAUGGCGAGUGGUCAUUUACGAUGGUGAUAUGUCGAGCGCACGCCCAUCAGCUCCUGCAGCGACUGUGAUUAAUGGUCGAAAAGCACGCUUUGACUCUAUUUUGGAAUUCCUCGAUUGGUACGCCAGUUGGCCGGAAUAUCUGACUGAACGACAACUGCGAGCGUACUUGCGAUUUGAAGGAGGGGGUGAAAAUGGGUGUCACACUGACUGCGAAUCAGACUGUGAGGAGUGUCCGUGA